UGAAUCAGAACCAAACAGGAACCAAGACAUCUUCCAGGAAGCUGCUGAAGCUGAGAACCAAAAUCAGGAAAGAAGAAAACCUUUCUCAUGUGUCAUCUGUAAAAAGCGUUUUGCUUUCAAAUCUGUUUUUGAUGCUCAUAUGAGAACUCAUACUGGUGAAAAUCCGUUUUCAUGUGUGAACUGUGGAAAAAGUUUUAGUCAAAAACAGAAUUUAACUAAGCACAAGAAGAUUCACACUGGUGAAAAGCCAUUUUCAUGUGUGACCUGUGGAAAAAGUUUUAGUCAAAAACAUAAUUUAACUAAGCAUAUGAUGAUUCACACUGGUGAAAAGCCGUUUUCAUGUGUGAACUGUGGAAAAGGUUUUAGUCAAAAACAGAAUUUAACUCAGCACAUGAUGAUUCACACUGGUGAAAAGCCGUUUUCAUGUGUGACCUGUGGAAAAAGUUUUAGUCAAAAACAGAAUUUAACUCAGCACAUGAUGAUUCACACGGGUGAAAAGCCGUUUUCAUGUCCAUUUUCAUGUGUGACCUGUGGAAAAAGUUUUAGUCAAAAACAUAAUUUAACUAAGCAUAUGAUGAUUCACACUGGUGAAAAGCCGUUUUCAUGAGUGAACUGUGGAAAAAGCUUUCGUCAAAAACAGGAAUUAACUAAGCACAUGAUGAUUCACACUGGUGAAAAGCCGUUUUCAUGUGGCAAUUGUGGAAAAAGUUUUUGUCAAAAACAGGAAUUAACUAAGCACAUGAUGAUUCACACUGGUGAAAAGCCGUUUUCAUGUGUGACCUGUUUAAAAAGUUUUAGUAAUAAACAUAAUUUAACUCGGCACAUGACGCGUCACACAGUUGAAAAGCUGUAGAAUUAUGUUCCAUAAAUGUCCUAUGUUGUAUUUGUUAAAUGUGAUCAUUUUGAUCUUCACAUUUGGAUACUUAGAGAUGUUCAACCAUGACACAUUUUCCUUCAUU